AUGGAUAUACUGUUUUUCCUGAUUGUAUUGCUUCUUGUUAUAUCGCCUUUUAUUUCAUUAUCUGCUUCUGAUUAUGCUUUAAGGUGGGGUUCACAUCUAUCUGUGGAUAAUUCAGAGGACGUUUUGAUUUCACCAAAUGGGGUUUUCUCUGCUGGCUUUUAUCCUGUUGGUGACAAUGCUUAUUCUUUUGCUAUAUGGUUCAGCAAACCAACUCGCCAUAACAACUACACUGUUGUUUGGAUGGCAAACCGUGAUUUCCCAGUUAAUGGCAAGCGCUCAAAGCUCUUGCUGUUAGAAACUGGUAAUCUUAUCUUAACAGAUGCUGGCCAGUCUACUGCUUGGUCCUCAGAUACUUCUUCCCAAUCCCCGACAAUGUUACGCCUCAACGAUACUGGUAACCUUUUGCUUCAAAAUAUGGAAGGUGUUGUGAUUUGGCAAAGCUUUGAUUCACCUACCGAUACCCUUCUUCCUUUUCAACGCAUCACCAGAUAUCGUCCGCUUGUCUCAUCAAGAAGUAGCACCAACUUUUCUACUGGUUUCUACAAACUAGUUUUCAAUGAAAAUAACAUUCUUCGUCUCGUCUAUGAUGGUCCAGAGAUUUCAAGUACAUAUUGGCCAUACCAAUGGCUUACAGAGGGGGAAGUAAGGUUUCAAUACAACAGUAAUAGAAUUGCCUCAUUCGAUUCGCUGGGAGAGUUUACUUCUUCUGAUAAUUGGCAUUUUGUGUCAGCAGAUUAUGGAGUGAAACUCCAGCGAAGAUUGACACUUGAUUAUGAUGGGAAUUUUGGUUUGAAAGUUUCCAAAAGCAAUCUAUUCUUAGAUAAUCAUACAGCUGUUUCAGGAUUAGGGUUGAAUUGCUCCAAUGAACUUGGAGCGCCUUUGCACAGAGCGUAUCAAAAAAGCAGCGAAAGUGAGACCUUGAAAUUCGUACGUAGUUUCACUUUUGGUUUAGGGGGAAUAGAGAUUGUUGUCAUCCUUGUUGUCUGGUGUUUCUUGAUUAAGUCCAAGAAGGACUCCGAUGAAGCUAUACAAAGCUACCAUCCUGCAGAAACUGGAUUUAAAAGAUUCACUUAUUCUGAGCUCAAAAAGGCAACUGGAAACUUCAACAAGGAAAUUGGAAGAGGAGCAGGAGGAAUUGUAUACAAAGGGGUGUUGUCCGACAGUCGAGUUGCAGCGAUCAAACUACUUAAUGUAGCUAAACAAGGAGAGGCUGAAUUUUUAGCAGAAGUAAGCACGAUUGGGAAGCUUAAUCAUAUGAACUUAAUAGAGAUAUGGGGGUAUUGUGCACAAGGGAAGCACAGGCUUUUGGUGUACGAGUACAUGGAGCAUGGAUCCUUGGCAGAAAAUUUGUCUGCAAAAGCACUUGAUUGGCAAAAGCGGUUUGAAAUCGCCUUAGGCACUGCAAGAGGACUUGCUUAUUUACAUGAAGAGUGCUUAGAGUGGGUUUUACAUUGUGAUGUAAAGCCUCAAAAUAUACUCCUGGACUCAAACUACCAGCCAAAGGUAUCUGAUUUUGGCUUAUCCAAGCUAUUAAGCAGAGGCAAGCACGAAAGCUUCUCAAAGAUAAGAGGAACUAGAGGUUACAUGGCUCCUGAGUGGGUUUCAAAUUUGCCAAUCACAUCCAAAGUGGACGUGUACAGUUAUGGGAUUGUUGUGUUGGAGAUGAUUACUGGAAAGAAUCCAGCAACAUUAGCAAGUCAUAGCACAGAAACGUGUGGAGAGAUAGAGCACAAAAGAUUAGUGACAAUUGUGAGAGACAAGAAAAUUAAAGUUAAUGGAAUGGCCUCAUGGAUUGAAGAGAUUGUGGAUCCCACGUUGGAAAGAAAAUAUGAUCAAGAAAAGAUAGAAACCCUUGUAACAUUGGCCCUGCAAUGUGUGGAGGAAGACAGAGAUGCUAGACCUACUAUAAGCAAAGUCGUUGAAAUGCUUCUACACCUAGAAAAUCAUUAGGCUAAUCACUAGUCACCAUUCACCAUCCUUAUUGUCUCCAGGUAGCGUUAUCCGCUCUCACAGUAGUUCUUGGAUGGGAGGAUGCAGCUAAUGGUAGCAGGUGCUCUACAUUGAUGGCAGAAUUUAUCUUUUUUUAGGUCUGAAGCUAGCUCGGGAGAAGAAGUUAAUAAACAAGGGUCAGUUGAUAAACUGAACCUGGUAGAACUGAUAACUAAAGAAACUAGUGGUGAUAAUUCUGUUUUUACCAUGGUGAAUAAAAUCAAGUUGGUGAAUAGGAAUUGGCAAGUGUGUAUUUCCCAGAGGGGGUAAUUCUUGGCGGUUCUCUUCUCUUAGGCAUCUAUUUCGUCGAAUUUCUACCCUAGAUUGUUUGUAAUGUAAUUUAUUUUCAUUCCCUUGUAGUCCAAAAUAUAGUAGGCAUAAUAAUAAAGUAAAAAUAUUUCAAUUUCA